CCAGGCCGACGGGUGGCGCUAGAGUGUUUGCCGGCAGUAUUAUCAGAGAAGAAAAAGCAAGUGCGGGGUACACACGUGUGUACAAACAUGGGCAGAAGAAAGCGAGGAAACCAAGAUAUUAGCAAAUUAACAAAGAAACAGAAGAAACAUCUAAAGGAAUUUGGAGAACAGCAUCCUUUUCAUGAUAAUGUUGUCGAGAGGCCAGAAAAAACUCAGAUUUUGCGAUUGCCUGGCAGUCCAAAGCACCGGGAGCCUGAGAGUGAGGAGGAAAGUGAUGAAGAGCAGCAGUCUGCUUAUCAGAAACUGCUUUCUACGAUAAUCCAAGGUGCUAAUGAUGGCAGUGACGAGGAAGAAAGUGAAGACGAUGAGGAAGAGGAGGAAGUUGUUGAACUGGAAGGAGAGGGUGAAGAAGAUGAAAAGGAAGUUGAUGAUGAUGAUGACGGGGAUGCCGAAGAAGAUUUAGAGCAAGAGGAUGAAGAACCGACAGAUGACCCAGAAAAUAAAGAAAACCCUGAAAAGGUAAAUGAAGAUACAGAGGAGACCGUAAAGGAAGAGUUUACAGAUAAGAAGAAUGAAGCUGCGUUCUGUUUGGAGAGCAACCUGCCUGCAGAGGGAGAUGAAAACUCAGAAGAUUUGAAAGAGGACAUGUUUGUAGAGCAUCAAGAGGUAGAACUCAGUGAAGAGGAUGUGCGUCGAAUCUCAGAGGGGUCAAAGGUCAAGACUCAGGUUAAGUGGCCGAAGCUGGGCACCCUGCAGUGUGUUUGUCCUCUGGAACGGUUUCCACCUGUGGGACAGCCCUCCUCUGCUCCUAUCCCAACCUUUCACAAAACCAUCAAGGCUAAAUCAUGCUUGCUUAACCAGUCCUCCCAACCUGGAAGUGGCACUGUGCCGGAGAUCACAGAGCUGCAAAAGGAAUUGCUUGGUCUCAUGGGUACAUAUAGAGAUGUGUAUUUUGCAAACAGCUCCCCCUUGAGAGAGGCUAAGGAAGUGCGGAGUGCCUACUGUCUUCAUGCCCUGAACCAUGUGUUAAAGGCCAACACUCGUGUGCUUAGUAAUAACGCCAAGUUGAAGGAAACUAAAGAUGCAGAGGAAGAUUGUCGUGAUCAGGGCAUUACCAGACCAAAGGUGUUGAUUCUAGUGCCAUUUAGAGAUGGAGCACUGCGCGUGGUCCAGACCUUUAUAAGUCUAAUGGAGCCUAAAGGGAAGAAAAUGGACGUCAGCAACAAGAAGAGAUUCAAAGAAGAGUUUGGAGAGGAGCCAGGCAACGUGCCGCCCAACCUGCAGAGACCUGACGACUAUCAUGCUGUCUUCUCUGGAAAUGUGGACGACCACUUUAGAAUAGGUGUGUCAGUUAUGAAGCGCAGCAUGCGUUUAUAUUCUCCAUUCUACUCAUCUGACAUCAUCAUUGCGUCUCCACUGGGUCUUCGAACUGUUCUGGGUGCUGAUGGUGAGAAAAAGAGAGACUUUGACUUCUUAUCUUCCAUUGAGCUGCUGAUUGUGGAUCAGGCAGAUGUGUUCCUCAUGCAGAACUGGGAACAUGUGCUGCAUGUGAUGAAGCAUGUGAAUCUGCAACCGAUAGACUCGCAUGGAGUCGAUUUCUCCCGCGUGCGCAUGUGGAACCUAAACAACUGGGCAGCGCAUUACAGACAAACACUGGUGUUCAGUGCAAUACAAGAACCCCAGAUCAACAACAUACUUACUAAAUACUGCUACAACUACAGGGGCCAGGUGUGCAGUAAAAUCAUUCCAAAGGUGGGCUCAAUCUGUCAGGUACUUGUGCAGUUACCACAUGUGUUCCAGAUGUUUCACUCUGACAGUUUCAUGGAUCAGGAUGCCAGGUUCCGGUUCUUUGUGGAUAACAUCCUGCCUCAGUACAGAGACUCUGUCAUGUCCCACACUCUCAUCUAUGUGCCCUCAUACUUCGAUUUUGUUCGUCUUCGAAACUAUCUAAAGAAAGAGGACGUCAAUUUCGCAAGUGUCAGCGAGUACUCGCAGAGAUCAGAGGUUUCUCGAGCACGACAUUACUUCCAGAAAGGAGACAGACAGUUUCUGCUCUUCUCAGAAAGAUUUCACUUCUACAAGAGAUACACUAUUAAGGGAAUCCAUAACCUGAUCUUCUAUGGGUUACCUACCUACCCUCAUUUCUACAGUGAAGUGUGUAAUAUGCUUCAGGCUGGCGUUAGAGAGGGCAGUUCUGCCAGUUUCACCUGCACAGCCCUGUACUCCCGAUAUGACACACAUCGGCUGGCUGCCAUCACCGGAGCCGAUCGAGCCGCUCAGAUGCUGCACUCCAAGAAAUCAGUCCACCUUUUCAUCACAGGCGAGGAGAACAACACCUAAAUGUGUUGGGAAUAGCUGACAAAAUGUGACAUUUUCACCUCUCAGAGAACAAAUCUGUUAUUGGAGAGGAUUUUUUUUAAGCUCUCAAAGCAGUCAUCUGGUUGAAUGUGAAAGCUGAUUGCUGAACAUUUUUUAAUUUGUUUAACCCCAUGUCAUUUCAUAUACCCGUCUUAAAGGAAUUUGUAUCUUACAAAGUGGCUAAUUCAUAAGAAAAACAGAUUAGAAAAAGCAAUAAUGAAACCCCGGUCGUAUACUUAAUAUCACAGGGGCAAAAGCAGAUCAUCAUAAAACAUACAAAUGAUUUAACCACCUCAUAAAAGUUACGAAUUGCCAGAUUGUGUUGCAUAAGUUUAUAGUGGCUGUCUCUGAAACCUAUUGAACAAAAAACAAUAAAGUUAACCCAUGGGACUUA